CGGCGCUCUUGUAUGCGGCGUAUAAGGAGGAAGCCGGGGUCCUGCUCACUAAUCACCACCUGACGGGGGCGCGAUGUCUGGAGAGGGGGCCCAAGACUUCUACACACAGCUGCCCAAAGUGGAGCUGCAUGCCCACCUGAAUGGCUCAAUAAGUUCUGCCACCAUGAAAAAGCUCAUGGCCCAAAAACCCCACCUACAAAUCCAGAAUGGAAUGACCAUGAUAGAGAAAGGAGAGAAGCGGACUCUAGAAGAAUGUUUUCAGAUGUUCCGAAUAAUUCACCAGAUCACAGAUAGAGCUGAAGAUAUAUUACUGGUUACCAAGGAUGUUAUUAAAGAAUUUGCUGCAGAUGGUGUAAAAUACCUAGAGUUACGAAGCACGCCAAGAGAGUCUUCCACAGGGAUGACAAAGAGAACAUACGUGGAGACUGUGCUUGAAGGCAUUAAGCAGUGUAAGGCUGAGGAAGUGGACAUCGAUGUUCGAUUCUUACUAGCAAUUGAUAGAAGAGGUGGGCCAACAGUGGCAAAAGAAACUGUUAAACUGGCUGAAGAAUUUCUCCACUCUACAAAUGACCUUGUUCUAGGCCUGGACCUCAGUGGUGACCCAACUAUUGGACAUGGAAAAGACUUCAUGGAUCCUCUUACUGAAGCUAGAAGGUCUGGUCUCAAACUGGCUCUUCAUUUGUCAGAGGUGCCCAGUCAAGAAGAGGAGAGUGAGCUUCUGGUUGGAAUUCCACCAGACAGAAUAGGACAUGGAACUUUUCUUUGUAACUCUCCAAAAAUUGUUGAAGUGGUUAAGGAACAUCGCAUACCCAUGGAACUCUGCUUGACCUCAAAUGUUAAAGGACAGUCUGUUCCUUCAUAUGACAAGCAUCAUUUUGGAUUCUGGUACAACCUGGAUCAUCCAACUGUCUUAUGUACUGACGAUAAAGGCGUCUUCGCUACAGAUCUUUCCUUGGAGUAUGAAAUUGCUGCUAAUGCAUUUAACUUGACCCCACAUCAAAUAUGGGAUCUGUCAAACCGAGCCAUCGAUUACAUCUUUGCUCCAGAACAUGUCAAAUCAAACUUAAAGGAGAAGUGGACACAGAUGAAACCAGAGGUUUUCAGAUGUGUACAGUAAUAUCCGCUGAUGAUGGCACUGACCAGCCUCCAACCUCAGGGACUGGAAGGUAGUUCUCCCUGAAGUGAGACUGCGUCCUCCUCUACUGGUUUACAGACUAGCUACUACAAUGCACAUGUUAUUUUUUACCCAUUGUAUACAGUUCAGUGGCUGCAGUUCUUUUCAAAGAAUCCCUCUGUAAGUAAUAUAUAACUGUUU